AUGAAGGUCACGAUCCAAAAGUGGAACACCGUCGCGACCUGGAGAUGGGAUAUCCCGGAAGAGGACGUCUGUGGUAUCUGCCAGGUUCAUUUCGAUGGUACAUGCCCAACAUGCAAAUAUCCCGGCGAUGAUUGCCAGCUAUGUGAGCCGAAUCCCUGCCACAAUGCCGAUUCCGCCCGCCACUGUAUCAUGGAAUGGAUCAAACAGGAGUCUUCACGAGGGCAAUGCCCCAUGUGCCGUCAACGUUCGUAUUGCUGUGCCAGUCUCUCAAGCCGUAUUGUGGUAUCUGACCUCGUUCCAGCUUUUGAAUGGGCUGACCAGAACAAUGAAUCUGCCGGCCAAAUCGAAUGA